AUGGCGAAUCCUUUUCUAAUGACCGACGACGAUGUGGUGAGCCCCUCUUCGGCUGCAUACUCAAAUCCCUUCCUCAUGUCUGAUGCUGGGGACGAUGAGAUGGAUUAUGCAGCAGAAAAUCCAUUCUUUGGACAAAUUCCGCCCGCAGCGAGGAAUCCCUUUGCGGAAUUUGAUGAUGCUGCUCAAGAGGAGCCGAUUCCCAAUAACAUUGACAUGUAUAGUGCAGCAACAAUGGGAGUUGUGACCACGGGAAUGCAACUCUUCAUGGGAGCUGAUGUGAGUGCGAGUGUAACAACAACUGCAGCCAAUACAUUCCAACCUGUGUCGUCUGGUGUAAAUAUUUUCGCUGAGGAUCCAUCCCUUGCGCAGAAACCAAUGGAUUUGGAUAUAAAACAAGCAGCACUUAGUAAUGUUUUCGAGGAUGCGGGAUAUGCGUAUUCGAGUGAAGAGGAGUUGAGUAAGGUGAAGAAGAAGCCACCACCAGCACGACCGGCUGUUGGGCCAGCUAAAGCCACGCAAGAUCUUAUUCUAUCCGUUGCCGAUCAGUUGGAUAUGGCGAGUUCGCAUUUAUUGGGUCGAAUACCCGCCACGAGGACACCUAGUCCGGUAUCAAUGAGGGAUUUGCACUCACCCAGCCCAACACCGGAUACAGUAGGAGAUUUGCUGGAUGUUUCCGACGGGGAUAUGAUGGCUGAACCGAUUAUGGAGAAUCCUUUUAGUGAGCCUGCGCAAAUGACGGAUGAACCAUCAAAAUCAAUGGAUGCUGUCAAGAGUACCCCAAGUCGUCCACCACCACCACGUCCGGCUGUUCCUCCACCCAAACCUGCUCCUCCUGUUGCAAUGCAAAUGACCAAUGCACCAUCACGCCCUCCAGCACCUGCUCAAGCAGCUCCUCCCCAAGCGGAACCCGAUUUUAUGGAUAUCUUUGGGUCCGCACAACCAGCAGCUGCAAAACCCGCUGCUCCCAAGUCCAAGGAAGACAUCCUUAGCCUAUUCUCCACACCUGCUCCACAAACAACGAAUACACAACCGAUACAACCGGAUCUUCUCAGUGGUGAUAUACCUGAUUUGGAUGCAGGAAUCGGCAUGGGAAUGCCGGUAUUUGGUGCUGAUCUCACGUCACAAGUCACAGCGGCACAACCACCCGUAGCACCUCUUCCGCUACAGGUUGAGGAAGCAGUGGUGGUACACACACCAGCAAUGCUAACACCCCCUGAUGAUCAACUUCGCUUCCAAGAAGCUGAUCUGAAGAUUGAAGAUGCCAAAUCGGAUAUUUCAUCGGAGCACAGUGGCUCCAAUGCAACAAUAACAGCUCUUCCAUCUUCUGUCACGGGGAGCAUUGGGAAUAUUGCAACACCAGCUGAGCUUGCUGAUGUGCAGGAUGAGGUACCUGCUGCUGCGCAGGAAGCUGACUAUCCAACAUCAUCGUCGGCAAAUCCAUUUGCAAGUCCAACUGAGGAAGAGCGAGCAAAUGAACCGUUGUAUGAAGUUAUGGAGACUAUUGUUGCACCGAAAUUUGUGCCACGUCCUCCACCACCACGACCUGCUCCACCACCAAUUCCUCCGCAGCCUAAAGUUGCUCCUGCACCUCCAGCUCCUGUACCUGCCCCGGCAAAACCUCCACCUCCGGCUGCGUAUGUUCCAGCUGUAGCGCCCGUGAUGCCUCCGGAACCUGUUGCUGCUCCUCCAGUUCCGAUGGCUGCUCCUCCAGUUCCGGUGGCUGCUCCUAUUGCGCCAGUGGCUCCCCCUGUUGUACCCGUGGCUCCCCCUGUUAUUCCAAUAGCUACUCCCGUUGUCCCUGUGGCUGCUCCUCAGCCACCAAGUGAGCUAUUUGGCUAUGCAGACAGUGCCCCCGCACCCCAUGUUGCCGAUGAGUUUGAUGCAUUUGCAGCAAAGUUUGAUUCAGCUGACGCUAAGAGCUCCAAUGCAUUUGGUGAUGAUCCCAUAAAGAGUGUUCUCAAUGGCUUUGGUCCAACCGCAACCAAUGAUGAUGCUUGGGGUGGAAGUACUCCGGCAUUUGGGGAGGAAAGUGCUGCUGCUGAUGGGUUUGGUGCUGAAGAAGAUAGUUUCGAUUCGUGGAAUCCUCCAGUUGAGGCUGGACGAAGGGGUUCUGGGGAUUCUGAUGAUGCCCCCAGGGACUUCAAUGUGGUGAUAAAACCGAGAGAAGGAGAUGUAGUUUCAAGCUUCAUGGCAGCAGCUCUUGCUCCACCACCCAAGAGUGGAGCCAAUUCAACGUAUUCCGGGGAUUCAUCACCACGUGUUAAUCCCUUCGAUAAAGGCUACGAAGAACCCAUGACAAUGGACAUUACUCCGGAAACAAAACCAACAUUUGAACGAACAGAUUCACAGGAAACUCCGCCAACGCCACUCUUUGAUGAAGAUGUUUCGCAGCCUCUGGAAGAUUUCCCCAGGAUAAUGGUUAGUGGUGCUAAAGGAUGGGAAAUGCAAUUGAGGCAGCCGAAUAAGAAGAAGAUCACCGGGCAGAGAUUCUGGAAGAAGAUCUUCCUACGAUUGGUUUUCCAAGGGGAUAAUCCCGUGAUGCAGCUAUUUAAUUCACCCACGGACAAGGAACCCUUCCAGGAACUUCCAUUGCAAGCAUGUUAUUCUGUUUCGGAAAUUGGUGCACAGCAAUAUGAUCAAUUUGGGAAGAUUUUCACUGUGAAGCUGCAAUACAUCUUCUACAAAGAGAGGCCAGGAGUACGUCCGGGGCAGGUGACAAAAGCCGAACGUUUAACGAAUAAACUCAGUCAGUUUGCUGCGUACGCCAUUCAGGGGGAUUAUCAGGGGGUCAAGGAGUUUGGGAGUGAUCUGAAGAAGUUAGGAUUACCCGUUGAGCAUGCCCCACAGGUGUCGCAGCUAUUUAAGAUUGGCUCAAUGAACUACGAGGAUAUGAAGCAAUUUUCAGUUUGUGUCGAGGAAGCUCUGUUCAAGCUUCAUGCUCACCGGGAUAGGGCACUGACCUACAAGUCCGAGGAGGUACAAAUAACGGCUGUGGAUGAAUUGUAUGCUGAGCAGGAUUCCGAGGGGCAUGUAAUGAAGCAAAUAGCCAGGGUGCGGCUAUUCUUCCUUGGCUUCCUGUCCGGAAUGCCGAGCAUUGAACUUGGGGUUAAUGAUUUGUGGCGUCAGGGAAAGGAGGUUGUAGGGCGGCAUGACAUCAUCCCCGUUGUGACUGAAGAGUGGAUUCGUCUCGAGGGAGUCGAAUUUCACAAUUGCGUGCAGCAGGAUGAGUAUGAAAGGACACGAACUAUCAAAUUUCAACCUCCGGAUGCUUGCUACAUUGAGCUUAUGAGAUUCCGGGUACGUCCACCGAAAAACCGCGAACUCCCCCUACAGAUUAAGGCAACAUGGUGCGUUACGGGGAAUCGUGUUGAGCUCCGUGUGGAUGUUCUCGUACCGGGAUUUGCUUCGCGCAAACUCGGGCAGAUUCCGUGUGAAGAUGUUGCAAUACGAUUCCCAAUUCCGGAAUGUUGGAUUUACUUGUUUCGCGUGGAGAAGCACUUCCGGUAUGGAUCUGUGAAGUCGGCACAUCGUCGAACGGGAAAGAUUAAGGGAAUUGAGCGAAUUCUGGGGACAGUUGAUCAACUUCAGGAGUCCCUCAUUGAGGUGACAUCGGGGCAGGCAAAGUAUGAGCAUCAUCACAGAUCUAUUGUAUGGCGGUGCCCAAGAUUGCCAAAGGAAGGUCAAGGAGCUUACACGACACAUCAGAUGGUCUGCCGGAUGGCUCUUACAAGCUACGAUCAGAUUCCUGAACAAUUAGCUCCGUACUGCUAUGUUGAGUUUACAAUGCCAGCCACACAGGUAUCCCACACAACUGUUCGAUCAGUUAGCGUCCAAGAAUCAGACAGCGAUGAACCUCCUGAGAAAUACGUCCGGUACCUGGCUAGGCAUGAAUACAGGGUUGGCAUCGAGCACACAACCGGUGAAUCGCAGAAUCCCUACUUGGCAGCUACAGCCGUCAGUAAGCCAAAUCCCAUCAAGGAGGAACCCCCAGCACCAGCUCUCUCCCCAAUGGCCCCAAGUGAUUCCGAUUCAGACUCAAACUAAGCAUUUCCGGAGAUUUUUUGGGAAGAAAAAAAAAAAGAGUUUCUUUUUGCAAUAAAUAAUUUAAAAUUCAUAAUAAUAAUGUAAACCGCUGAAGAAUCAUCAAAAAGUAAUAAAUCAUUGUUGUCAAAGCUAAAAGAAAAAAAAGUGAAGAAAUCGGUGAAAUAUUAUAAAUUAGUUGUUGCAUUAGCAUUAUAAAAGAAGAUGAAAAUAAAAAAAUAAAAUAAUAUUAUUCCCUAUUAUUCUGCUUGACACAUUUAGCUAAAAGAAAAAAAUGAAAUUCUAUAUUAUUAGAAGAAAAUGUUGCGAAAAGUUAUAGUUUUCUUUAAAAAAAAUGAGAAAGAAAUAAAAAUCUAAUCUUAUAUUUAGACAAAAAAAAAUUAAUCAUGUCUAAUAUCAUCAAAAGAGUAAUAAAUGAAUAAAGAAAAAUAAAACAUAUUUAUUAGUUGACAAUAACAGAGUAUUAAAAAAAGUGAAUAAAUUUAUUGCUAUAGUAAUGCGUUUUAGUCAAGCAGAAGGCGCGAGAUUAAAGGAGAAAAAAACUGUUGCAUGUUAUUUAUAGCCUAUAUAUCCCCCCUCAGAACACACUAAGAAUGAUAGCGCGAGCAAAGAAUCUUGACAAUGUGCAUAAAAUGAGUUAAGAGAACAAAGUGAAAGAAGCCCAAAAUGUUCUUUAAUAUAUAUUGUUACCCCAUAUAGAGAGAUAUUAUAUUAUAUAUAUUAAAAAGUAUUAGAAGAAAAUGAAGAAGAAAAAAAAACUAUAAAUACAAAAAGACAUUGAUGCGCACUAAAAGCAUUUUUUUUUCUGACGGAAGAACGCUCUGUAUACAAAAAAAAGUACUUGAUGAAGUAAAAAAAAAUAAAGAUGAAUAAAAAAUCUAUUGUGAAUGAUAUGAAGAUAUCGAUGAUAAAAAAAUAUAUAAUAAAGCGUCUAUUUAAAAUGUUUCCCUUUCGUUCCUUUUAGAAAUAAAUAAAAACAUAACAUAUACUCUUUGAAAAUAUCAAAAAGAAAACGUAGAAGUGCAAAGGAUAAAAAAAGGAUAGGAUAGAAAAGUUAGUGGAAGAGCAUUUAAAUGAAAUGGGGGCAAUGUGAAAAAAAAUGUGAAGAUAAAUAAAAUACUUAUACGUAUAAAAUAAAACAUAAAUGUAUGAUAAACAUAUUACAUGAAUGAUAUUAUAUUGAACAUAUGGAAUACAUAAAUAAAGUAUUAGUGAAAAAAAUAAUAAAUCAAUAUAUUGUAAUGAAAAUAAUAAUAAAGAGAAAAAUGUAAUUACGA